AUGAAGUACGCUUUCGCCUCUGCCCUGCUCAUCGCAGCUGCUGCCGCCAAGCCUCACCACGGCCACCACGCUCACCACCACGCUGCCCGUGAUGUCGUCGUCACCGAGACCGAGUGGCAGACCGAGACCGUCUACGUGACCGAGCUGGUCGACUCCUCUACCACCGUCUGGGUUCAGGACGGCAAGACUGCUGGUGUUGCUCCCGGUGCCACCACCACCGCUUCGGCCUCUGCUGGCGAGUUCUUCGAGCCCAGCUCCUCUACCACUGAGGCGGCCACCUCGACCACCAGCCAGGCUCCUCCUCCUCCUCCGCCUACCACCGCUCCGGCCUCCAGCAGCUCGGUCUUCACCCCGCCGCCUCCUCCUCCUCAGACCACCACCUCUCAGGCUCCGGUUGUCGUGGUUCCUCCUCCGGUCCAGCACACCACUUCUUCUGCGGCUCCUCCUCCUCCUCCCCCUCCGGUUGAGACUCCUACUCCUUCGCCUUCGCCUUCUCCUUCUCCUUCUCCCUCGCCUUCUCCCAGCCAGGCCCCUGCUUCUGCUCCCGACAACAGCGUCGGCACCAGCAGCUCCAGCAGCGACGAGUACUCCGGUGACAUCACCUACUACACCAUCGGCCUCGGCUCUUGCGGUGAGGACGACAGCGGCCAGGACCAGAGCGCCAGCAUUGUCGCCAUCGCCGUCGGCCUCAUGGGCUCCCAGUCCAACGGCAACCCCAUGUGCGGCAAGACCAUCACCAUCCACGGUGGCGGCAAGACCACCACUGCCACCGUCAAGGACAAGUGCAUGGGCUGCGCGCCCCACGACAUCGACGUCAGCGAGAAGGUCUUCCUCGAGCUCUUCGGCAGCCUCGACGGCGGUCGUGAGCCCGUCACCUGGUCUUUCAACUAA